GUCAUUGCGCAAGUUUACCGCUGCUGCUGCUGGGAUCACAUCCCCAGCGCUCACCCUUGUAUCAUGCGAUUGGCGCACUUCCUAAAGCCUCAGAGGCUGCAGCGGGUGGCGGCUCUUGCCAGCUGUCUGAUCCCGGGAGGGCGAGGGAGACUGCUGUGCCAGCACAUCCCCUCAGAUGCCAUAUCUGUCCCCUGCAGGCAGCUCAGCUCAAUGCCAGCCACCAUGGAAGUCGUUCUGAGCAAGUCUGUGCCCCCUCUGCCACCCUAUGAGACCAAAGAGAAAAGCCCCCCACCCCCUGAGCUGCAGAGCUUGCACUUCAUGCAUUACUACAGGUCCCUGGAGAAGGGGCAGAGGGUGGCACUGCUGGGGCAGCUGGCUGCAGACUAUGGGGUGGAUCAUGGCCAGGUGGCAGAGCUCAGCAGUAAGCUGGUGCAGGCCCAGCAGAAGAGGGACCUGGGCACCGUCAUGCAGGUGGAGGACCGGCUCAGGUACUACCUCACCCCCCAGUACAAGGUGCUCUUCAGCCAUCUCAGCAGGAUGGAAGGAGGCAUGAAGUUUCUGGUGGACCUCAGGUCUGACAUAGUGGAGGGAGUGACGUCUAAGGUGGCGGAUGCUCCGCAUCUUCGGGAGAUGAAUGGGAUCCUGAAGAGCAUGCUAUCCGAGUGGUUCUCCAUAGGCUUCCUUAACCUGGAGAGAAUAACCUGGCAGUCGCCCUGUGAGGUCCUGCAGAAGAUUAGCGAGUAUGAGGCCGUGCAUCCUGUCAGGAACUGGACAGACAUGAAGCGCAGAGUCGGCCCUUACAGGAGAUGCUUCACCUUCACCCAUAACGCAAUGCCCGGGGAGCCCCUUAUCGUCUUACAUGUGGCACUGAUGCAGAGCAUUUUGGGUAAUAUUCAGGCGAUCGUGAAAGAGAUCCCUCCGUCCGAGGUCGAAGAUGGAAAUAAGAUCAAGUCGGCCAUCUUCUACUCCAUUAGCUCCACGCAGCAAGGUCUUCAGGGCGUGGAGCUGGGCAACUAUCUCAUCAAGAGAGUAGUGAAGGAAUUGCAGGGUGAGUUUUGCCAAAUCUCCGAGUUCUCCAGUUUGUCGCCGAUCCCUGGAUUUACAAAGUGGCUCCUUGGUGCGCUCAACUCACAAAUAAAAGAUAUGGGGAGGACUGAGCUCUUUUUGGAAUCUGAGUGCAAGGAGAUAUCGUACAUCACAGAGGCACCGGCCGUUGAGACCCUGAAGCGUCUCUUCACCAGCAAUGAGUGGAUGAAGUGUGAAAGACUGGUCAAGGCUCUGGAGGCCCCGUUGAUGAGGCUUUGCGCUUGGUACUUGUACGGAGAGAAGCUUCGGGGUUUCGCCUUAAACCCGGUGGCCAACUUCCACUUGCAGAACGGGGCUGUCUUGUGGAGACUGAACUGGAUGGCCGAUACAAGUCCACGGGGAGCUGCAUCCUCCUGCGGGAUGAUGGUCAACUACCGCUACUUCCUGGAGAACACCUCCGUCAACAGUGUUAGAUACCUCCGGGUGAAGCAUAUCGAGGCCUCCGAACAAGUUCUCAACUUGGUUUCCCAAUUCAGACAAAAUAGCAAAUUGUAAAUGGUAAUGAGCCCGCAGGUCCUGGCUCCUCGCCUCUGCUGCUCGAUGCCUACUUACCAGACAGUAGGUGACCAUUGACUGGCUAUCUUGCCAAAUGAUGAUCAUAGUUAACGCUGGGCCUUGGCCGAUGAACCGGAGACUCGCCAGGUUUUGAUUUCAUUUGCAUACUGUUUCUGAUUCAAUCUAGUAACUUUUUUUUUUUUUUUCAAUGUAUUUUAUGUAAUUUUCGGGACAGCCCUUAAAGGGACUGUCCAGUAUUAUUAUUAUUAUUAUUUUUUUAAUCCUGUACAGUUUUCGUCGUUGACGCUAAAAUGGUGAAAGUGAAGGAAUUUGUGUCUUGUAAGCGUGGUAAUGUAAAUUUCAUUAAAGGGGUUGUACAGGAUUAGACAAAAAAACGGCCCCACACCUUUCCACGAGUUGUGUCUGGUAUAGCAGUUCAGUACCAUUGAAAUUAAUGGGGCUGAGCUGCAGUACCCGACACAGCCUGUGGACAGCUGUGGUGCUAUUGUAGUUUUUUUUUGGAAUCCUGGAGAACCCCAGUAAUGUAUGUCUUCUUGUAAUGGUUUGGGUUUUCUAGUACACACCGCUGCUUUAUUUUUUCAGGAGCAUCUAAAUAUUCAGAUAAGUCUAAGUACAUUAAAGGGGUUCUCCGCCGAGGACAAUCCCUUCUUCUUAAAAAAGGUGUCUUCUUAAAAAAGGAGCAUUGCACCACGUCCGUUCAAGUCCAAGGGUUGUUUGUAUAAUGCAGGACAGGACAGUUCCUCCAGAGCAGGAGAUAUUGUAUCCGUUCCCCACUUUGGCAAGAGAUGAGACUCCUGAACAGAGGACCACCCUCUACUACUCCCAUAUUCCCCAAAAGGGUGUACCACAGUGAUGCACCCAGGGAUGUACAGGUGGACGGGGCAUCACAGCACAGGAGAAGUGGUGGAGCUGCAGUACCAACCACAGCCACUAUACAAUGUACAGCGCUGUUCUCUCUAUACUAUGUAGAGGCUGUAGCGCUCACCCCCUGCAGGGAGUCUGAGCCCCCCCCAACUGAUCAGAUAUUGAUGAUCUAUUCUGAGGAUAGGUCAUCAAUAUUUAAAUCCUGCAGGUGAAAUGAAGCAUUACAGACCACGUAACAUACUUGGAACAAGAGAGCCUCAAGUGGAGGACCCCUUCUACUGAUACAUCCAUUUGCCCUAAUAAGUCCUAUUGGGGGCUAUCUCCAGCAAGGGCUGGGUGUGUAGACAUUGGUUGUUUAGGGAGAGGUGUU